AUGCAUUAUACCACCCGCACGUCCACAGUACCGAUUUCUAAUUCUGAGUGGCUGUUCAUUAUACCACCCACGUCCACAGUACCGAUUUCUAAUUCUGGUGGCUGUUAUACCAUUACAGUACCGAUUUCCUGGGCUGUUCAUUAUACCACCUGCACGUCCACCAGUCCAACCGAUUUCCUAAUUCUGGUGGCUGUUCAUUAUACCACCCGCACGUCCACAGUACCGAUUUCUAAUUCUGGUGGCUGUUCGCUGCACUCACCCGCACAUCCGCAGUACCGAUUUCUAAUUCUGGUGGCUGUUCAUUAUACCAAAUUCGCACGUCCGCAGUACCGAUUCCUAAUUCUGGUGGCUGUUCAUUAUACCCGCACGUCCACGUGGCUGUUCAUUAUACCGCCCGCACGUCCACAGUACCGAUUUCUAAUUCUGGGGCUGUUCAUUAUACCACCCGCAUCCACGGUACCGAUUUCUAAUUCUGGUGGCUUGGCUUUACCACCCGUUCCGAUUAAUUCGACCACCAUUAUACCGCCCGCACAUCCACAGUACCGAUUUCUAAUUCUGAGUGGCUGUUCAUUAUACCACCCACAUCCGCAGUACCGAUUUCUAAUUCUGGUGGCUGUUCAUUAUACCACCCGCACAUCCGCAGUACCGAUUUCUAAUUCUGGUGGCUGUUCAUUAUACCACCCGCACGUCCGCAGUACCGAUUUCCUAAUUCUGGUGGCUGUUCAUUAUACCACCCGCACGUCCACAAUACCGAUUUCUAAUUCUGGUGGCUGUUCAUUAUACCACCCGCACAUCCGCAGUACCACCCGCGUCCACGGUACCGAUUUUACAAUUCUGGGUGGCUGUUUCAUUUAUACCACCCGCACGUCCACGGUACCGUUCUAA